CUCUUAUUCGACCAUCUUUUCUCUAGAAAUGAGGGCGCCACUAUUGAAACGGAAAAGUUCGGUGGCGCUCUCCAUGAGAUUACUUGCGUAUUAUAGAUGUCUUAUUUAUUCAAUCUUGCAUUUUACACUUGGUAGCAGGGUAGCAGCAUCGAGUGUUGACAGUCCGGACUGUCAAUGGCGUACAUCGGGCGCACCUAGCUAGAUUUUUGUGUGAAAGAAAUGUGGCCUGUCGUCUUGGAGCAUCAAUUGAUAUGGGAAUCGAAUUCGUCAGUGAAAUGAAGUAGAUUGUUUGUUAUAAAAUAAAAGUAAACAAGUAAAACAGAAGACCUACAGGGACACUUGGCUCCAAAGAUUGAAAUGUCCAUGUGAUCUUCACUAUGGAGCUGGUGCAAGAUACUUCUAAGGAGGUUGACUGUCACACUUUGACAAGUCCUUUGUCCUCUCUGAAUAACAACUCUGCCAAAGAAGAAAACUCAAAAAACCACAUGCAUCUUAUAAGUCCAGAGGAUCAAAAUUCUGUUACAAGCAUGGCUGAGUCUCAGUACUUGGAGAACGCAGAGUCAAGAUUAGGGGACAUUGAGAUUCUAACAGAGAUUGAUAAAACAUUAUCUAUGGAAAAUAAAGUGAUUCAGUCCACAGACAAAAAGACUGAAGAACCUAAAGAAAGUGGUAGUGAUGAUACUCCAAAGAUGUCUGAAUCUUCAGAUCAUCCACAGACCGAGUUACUGGGACAACCUUCACAACCUGCUUUAGCUUUUACUAUUGACUUUGAACAUAAUAAGGGAGUGGAUAUUGCCAAGUAUCAGAAUCUGUUUGAGAGAUUCAAUGCAAGGCAUCGUAGAAAUUUAUCUACUUCAAAAGUGGAAAUCAAAUCUAAGAAACAAUUGUUAUCACCGAAUUUUGCGUCCAAGCAGAAAGCACCUAGUACUCAUUCUGAGGGAUAUUUUAGCAGUGAUCAAGAGGAUGAUACUAAGAAAAAGGCUGACCAAUUAUCCAGAAAACUUAAACAGUUGGGUUCCAAGUCAGUAUCAAAAGCGCAAUCAAUAGCGAAACGAUCAGAGUCCAUGUCCAGAUCCUGCACAGAAGAUUCCCUUCAAGAAUCGUCUCUAGCUCAACAGGAACUGACCAGAAACGUCCAGCCGUCCCGUGAGAAACUGUCCUUGGAUUUGGGAAUUUCGUCGAAUUCUGGUACCAGGUCUACCAGAAAUCCACAAAAAUCCUUGACAAUGAAUGAUCUUAGUAGAGUUCAGUUAAGUAAUUUGGACGUGGAGAAAACGAAUUCUGUCCAAUACUCUCCAGUGAAAAGAUACACAAAGAAUAUCGAGUACGUUGAAAUAGACCAUGAAGACCAGGGUCAAAGUAAUUUGGAAGCAAGUAUCAAUGACCUGUCUGAGAAGAUGUCUAACAUGGAUUAUCUGGCUAGUAGUUGUACUUCAAACAGCUUCACUAGUCCAAGGGACGCGAGUAUGCAUCUUUCCAGUAUUAGUAACACUGUAGAGUGCUCUGCCGAUGCUUUGGAGAAGACAAAUUUGGAUGUUUUCAAUGUCAGUAACUUGGAUGCUGAAUCUGACGGAGCUGUUAGUGAAGCAGGAACUUAUACUGUACAUAAGGAUUAUACGGAUGAAGAAAAGGCUAGGAUGGACAUUGAUAAAGUUUUCAGUGUCGGAAUACUUACUGAAGAAGAAAGUAAUGAGUCUUAUGUACAUAGUUUCAAGAUGAGUAUAUCGAGGAACAACAACACCUGGAUAUCAGAAUGGGCUACUCAGGUAGCCGAACACAAUUCGCUGCCACCUCCAGUAGGAGGAUCUACUGCUCGAACUCCGCCAAUGAGUCCAACGAAAAUACCUUCGCCAAUUCAUAAUAGGUCACAAAGAUUAUCGAGGAACCGUCAGGAACAGAGUGACAGUAGUCUGGAUACCGAAUCCUAUCUGCACGUCAAGAAGAAUCUUGGUAUUCUAUCUAAUCAAAAUACUCUGAUAGAUUCUGGAGGAGAAUCGGAUGACGACACAAGCAACAGUUACAAUACUCCUCCACACAGUUCACAACGCACUCCGACACAUAGUGCCCUGGUGCGACGUGGUAGCUUGUCUGAAGCUCUUUUCAAACGAAUUAAUUCAAAUGACACAAGGAGAAGUGUCCGAAACUAUAUGGGAUCAGAAGCUAGAUCCAAGAGAGAUGAGCCAGUCUUGAAUCAAUUGAAGAGCCCUAACCACGUUUUGGCCUGCUUGCAGCUUAGAAGAAACAGUUCUCUAGAUAGAAAGGAAUAUACCUCGGACACUACGGAGUCUAAUACUUCCAGGAGAAACAGUCUAAAGAGUUAUUUAGAGGAUAAUCUUAAACCAGUUAAUAGUCCAGUGCUGAAUCGGCUGAGACCAACUACUCCAAAAUUAACAAACAGCCCAAUAUUAGUUCGUAAGGAUCUCAGUUCAACUAUUAUUAAUUCCCCGGUACUAGAAAGAACUAGGAACUUGGGAAAGUCAUCACCGCAAGCUAGAAACAUUGGAUACUUUACAUGUACCGAAAAUAGCCCUUAUAUGCUAAGAAAAUCUAGUAGCACUACAAAUUAUCACGAAGACACAAGUAUUCAUGGCAAUAAGGAAUUAUCAGCCACCACUAUCACUAUAUUACAAAACAGUCCCGUUCUGCAGAGGAACGUUAACAUACAGAGAUCUUCCAGUAAUGCUAGUAUCAGGAAUGCUAAAAUCACAAGUAUGCCCGGACGCAGAAGUAGUUUUAAUAAUAGUGACAAUGACAGAAAUUCUCCGAGGGGAAGAUUCACCAUUGCUUCGGAUAGCAGCAGCGAAACUGGAGAAGUUCAAAAGUCAUCCGCACAUCCGAUAUCAUCAGGGAUUAAACUGAAUCGGGCUUUUAGUAUACGAAGAGCCAGACUAAAUUGCGAGUCGGACACUACUCCAAAUACUACACCAGAAGAGCGGCGUAAAAGAGGUCAGGUUGAAGUAAAGUCAGCACCCUGUUCAGCACGGCAACAAAGUCAUCACAGAGGUCGAACUAGUAGCGUUGGUGCAAGUAGUGCGGACGUACUAAAAAAAACCGAACCGGCAAAGCCCAGAGCUCCCUCGAUAUCUAGAACGGACAGUGGAAGGUUCAGCAUGAGGACCCCAAAAACAGUUACUCAUCAUACAUCCGCGCAAAGGCCUAAUCAAAAGUUAAUUAAAGAGCAUAAGAAGUCUACCAGAAGUAAUUCCACUUUAACUUCGAAGGAAGUUGAGUUUCAAAAUUGGAAGAGACGUAAGAAUUAUGAUCCGAUGAAAGCAGCUGCGGAAGGCAAGAAAAAAAUAGAGACGUCAAAAAAGCAUCACAGUAUCGAAGACAGUGCCUCUACACGUGACAGUUCAGUUCUGAGGUCUGCUAGCUUUCAUGGAACUGGUGCGGCUCUCUCUCUUGUGGAUAAUUGGUCUGACAACGAAGAGCUAAAUGUUGAACAGAAGUGUAGCCAACCUCCGCCACCUUCUUGUAGUCCACAGCUGGGUAGCGAUAGUGAUUUUGAGACUUCAUCCUAUCUGCAAACUACUCAAAACGUUAUGUCCGCUAUGUCUGCUCGCAUAACGGUUCAACAUCCCAACCUUGUCGACUCUGGCGGCGAAAGCGAUGAUGACACUAGCCAUAGCCUUCGUAAUUCCAGUACCAGAAUAACACAUCAACCCAGUGAUACUGAGAGCAGCGAUGAAGUUCAGCCGGUGGAACCACCUCCUAUUUCGAAUACAAAAUAUAACAGGGCAUUCAGUUUACGUAGGGGCCGUUUGGAUCAACCGGAGUCAAAAGUGAAUUCAGCAGCACCAUCGAAAGUGAAAACAUCACCGCGUGAAAGUCGUGGCAAAUACGAACCAGUAGGUAGCGUCGCCAGGACAGAUUCGGGCCUGUUCUGCACGAAAUCUUCAAAGUCUUCGAAUAUGAACAAACCGAGGCAAAAGAUCUCGAAAGUCACAAAUAGUGGAAUGACAGCGUCGCGUGAUGUGGAAAUGCAGAAUUGGAAGCGUCGCAAGAGUUACGAUCCCAUGAAAGCCGCUAUGGAAGGGAAGCGAAAGGCAGCUGGUCUUGCAAAGCGAAAUAAAAAUAUAAAUCUCUCACCGAGUCACGUCCUGAGAUCUCAAAGUUUUCAUGGUUCGGUUGGUCUUGGCGGGAGCGAUUGGAGUGAUGAAGAACUAGUGGCAUCGGCAGAUGAAGCAUCGCUCUAUUAAUAAAUUAAAAAGAAGAAAGAAGCAAUACAGAUUGAAUUCAGUUGCGACAAACUUGCAAAGUGGUUCGGAGCAGCACAUUGCACAAGUUUCUGACGGUUUUUAAUGGCAAAACGGACCAACGGUAGCCAAUCUAGUUGAGAGCCAGUUGAUCGGUGCUGACAAUUUUCACCUUGUUAGUUGGAGAUCGGAAAUCAAAGAAGAAUUAAAAAAGUGAAAUAUACGUUUUCAAAAAGAUCUUGAAACAAGGGAUACGUAACUUCACGCAUGCAAUUCUGCGAUAUCUUCGUUAAAUUUUUACGUGCAAUCAAAAACGGAAAUUAAUAUUAAUUGUUCUCUCAUCAAUGAAUCUCUGAUUGAUCGGAGACUGAUUAGGUUUUUAUUAAAUUUUGGGUUUUUUUCCAUUCGUAAGUCCAAUUGGUACUUGCUAUACUGCAUACCAUAAUAAUCUGUCCACCGGCUGUCGAGAUAAUACUCGUACGAAUACUAUAGCUUAAAGACAGUACUUUCUACCGAUAUUGAUAUUAUUAUAGGAUUACUAAUAUUAAGAUGCUAAGUAUCUAUGGAACCGAGUCUGAUACAUGGAACCAACGGGAUAUACCUAUUAUUGGAAGAUGAUUUGUAUACCAAAGGAAUAUCCGGAAAUUGACGGUCACAUCACUUGUCUAGAAUAUUAUCAGUCACCAUGACAAUUAUACAUACAUCGAUAAUCUAGCCGUUGAUACGUUUUUGCCAAUUUAAUGAGACGCAAGCUACUACUUACGGUGUAACAUAAUGUUGAGUUAACGUAGAAAUACGUCAGAAUGCGCAGGCGAAAAAGAGACAGAAAGAGAGGAGGAAAGAGAGAGAGGGAGAGAGAUUAAAAUGAAAAUGGUUGUCUCUUGUUUUUAUAUAUUUUUUUCUCUUGCUGAACGUAUGUAUUGUCUAUUAAACAUGCGUAUGGCUUUAUGUAUUUUUAGAUGAAAGUUUAAAAGGAGAUUGUUUGUUCAGUAUGCUUGUUACUCUAUGAUAAAUUUACUGUAAAUUUUCAAGAAAAGUGGCCUAUGAUAUUUUUAAAAAUUAUUAUUUAAGAUCUACAUAAAAAGCUCCGUAAAACUAUAGAUAAAUAUAAUAAAAGAUAUAGGUAUGUAUACAUAUGUAUACAUUAUAUCAUAAAGACGUACGUAUAUGUGUAUAUUGGUAUCUCUCAACUACAAUUUGAUUCUCUUUUAGUUCACUCCAUCGAUACAGCUAUAACUGAGUGCCAAAAUUUGCAAAUUGUCAUAGAAAGUUAGUAUGGCAAAUAUUUGAUAAUCAAUUUUAACAACCAAUUUUGUUGUUUGUCGUUACGUGCGUUUUUGUAAAAUGUUAAGCACACAUUGUUAAUAGAUUAUUUAUUAUUCGUCUUACAGUAAAAAGAAUCUCUUGGUAGAAUUUUAAUUAAUCUAGAUACUUUAAUUAAUUACUCGAUAAAUAAUAAUUAAUUUAAUGCAAGUCUAGCUCAACACACAAAACACUAAUUCUUCCAAAAGAUUUUUGAUAUAUGCAUUACUUUAGAUAACCUGUUUUUUUUUCAUAUAAAUUUUGUUCCCAUUCAAAAUAAUUUUCUCCGACAAAACUACACAUUUCUAAAAAAGAAAAAAAUUGUAAGUGAUGCGAUGAAUACAACGGAACAAAAAUUGCUGAGCUUUCUGUAUCAUUUAACUCAGCCAAUGAAGAUUAAUUAGACGCAUUUUUUAAUUGGUGGGAAAGGAAUUCAGUGAUUCCAAUAUUUUCUCCGCUUUAUACAAUUACAUUACUCUACAUUACUCUAUCGCCAUUUACUUAUUUUCUUCCUUGUAGUCAAGCACCGUUACCACAAGGUUACUUAACAAUUAUAUAUCGCGCGUCUCAACGAGUCAAUAAAACUACUCUCGUAAACUCUUGUUUUUUGAAGAAUUUAAUUUUUUUAAAUUACUCGAUCCAUAAUUGCUGCUCCGAGUAAUUAAUCAGAGUUGUAUAUUAAUACAAGUUUUCAAAAUUGUAUAUUACGUUGCGUCUAUUUAUUUUCUUUUUCUAUGGAGUUACGCUCAGAGGCCUAUAUUUUCUAUUUAUAUCAUAAUAAUUGCAAUAUUGUCGUACAAUUGUUGAAUGCAUAUUUAUUGAUAGAGCCUUCAUCGUCCUAUGAUUAAUUUAAUUAUUCGAUAGGCCAUAGAGGUGUUAUGUGUAAUAAUUGAUAAGACGAAUGGUCUUUUCAUUUCCUCUGUCUCAUGAUUAUGAAAUGAUUGCUGUAGCACAGUACGACGAAACUUAAUAUAUUUUUUUAUAUGCGGUGCUAAGAAUGACAAUAGGUCAGUUAGGAGAACACAAUGUAGUCUAUUAAAAGUGCAUCGUAUACACAUUAGAUCCAUCCUUUAAGUAAUGCUAAGAAGUCCGAAGAAAUCUUCUGUGCAGUCGGAGUGGACCAGAGACUUGAAAAACGCAGUCUAGAGUCUAAAGUCUGUAUGUUUAGUCUGUAUGUUUAUCAUUUAACAAGAGUCUCAUCCAAAGUACAUUUUAAUGUUAUCAGGCAUUAUACGCUCUUGGUAAUAAAGAUAUAAUUGUAUAUAAUGCAAAAAUAACAAAA